AUGGAUCUUCUUCCACCCUUCAAAGCUGCUGAUGGCAGCAAUCAGAUAACCAUGAAGUCGUUCGCGCGGGGGAAGUACCAACACCUACUGCACAGCGGGGAGAUGCGGACUAGCGGAGUGAACCCACGACGUGCUCUGCGCGCUGCUACGGCUGUAUCGUCUCCUUCUCCUGUGCCGACUGUGCCCUCGAGUCCUCCCGCGCCCCCUGCACCCGCGAUCGCGUCCUUGCCUCCCGCGUCCAUCCCUACCUCCGAUCCUGCCGGCGACGUCGUUGUACCGGAAGACAAUGAGGGUGAAGAUGAACCAGACACUUCUGGGUAG